CGGGCCCCUGGGUGCUCCCGGAAGCGGAACCUGAGCUCGUCGCUCCUGGGACCGGAGGCGCCGCUGGCGCCGUUACCGCUGCAGGAUGAACGCGCCGCCGGCCUUCGAGUCCUUCCUGCUCUUCGAGGGGGAGAAGAAGAUCACAAUUAAUAAGGAUACAAAAGUACCAAAUGCCUGUUUGUUUACAAUCAACAAGGAAGACCACACACUUGGAAAUAUUAUCAAAUCGCAAUUACUGAAAGACCCUCAGGUGUUGUUUGCAGGAUACAAAGUUCCACAUCCUCUGGAACAUAAAAUCAUCAUUCGAGUGCAGACCACUCCUGAUUACAGUCCCCAGGAAGCUUUCACCAAUGCUAUCACGGACCUGAUCAGUGAACUCUCCCUUCUGGAGGAGAGAUUCAGGGUUGCUAUCAAAGAUAAACAAGAAGGAAUUGAAUAGACACAUGGACUCUUUUUUUGACGUGGAUUGUGGUGUUUGUGACUACUUCACUGAACAAGUUCUUUAAGGAUUAUUUAAAACUUUCAGUAAGAAUUAAUGUGUCUAAUAAGAGUAGCCCUAAAUUCACUUAGUUUUAGUUAGCCCACAGAAAGCAGUGUUGAAAGUUCUGUACAGGAUACGUGAUUUGCAGGUAGGACGGUAAGCGUAUGAGAAGCUUGUAUUAUUUGAGCUAUUACACUUUUUUCAAAGCUGCACGUGAGACUUCUCCAAUGAGUGUAGAGCCUUUGAUUACGGUUAUAAAGAGGUAAGAUUUAACAGC